UAAGCAAACAUCUAUUUAAAUAGAUUACAUUACAAAAAAUAAAUAAAUUCGGUUAAAUUUAAUAAUUAAGGCAAAAAAAUAAAUUAAUUGGAGUUGUAGCCAAUCUGAGUAAAAUUGGCGUUUGAUUUUGUUGGGGCAGCGGGAGCUCAGGUGGUAGACCGGGUUGCCUCAUUAUCAUGAGGGUCAUGGGUUCCAUUCCAGCUCCCGCCAGGGAUAUUCUGCUGUUGUGUCCUUGGGCAAGACACUUCACCCAACUUGCCUGUAUUAGUGGUGGUCAGAGGGGCCAGCCUCGCCUCUGUCAGACCUCCCCAGGGCGGCUGUGGCUACAAGUAGCUUACCAUCACUAGCAGUGUGUGAAUGUGAGAGUGUGUGAAAGCGUCUUUGUGUGCCUAGAAAAGCGCUAUAUAAGUGCAAUGCAUUAUUAUUUUAAAAUCUCGCGAGAGUUGAGAUCCUCCAAGGCGUGUGCUGUAUUGCUGAGCCAAUCAGUGCAGAGCAGAGCCUCUCCCCGGCUGAUCCAACCUGUCUGCUGCGGAGGACCAGAGCGGACCACAUCCAUGAUCGGGACGGGCCGAUCCGGUGAAUCUUGCCGUGAGCCAUGGGCCUUCUGUCUCUGAGUGUUUGGACUCUUGGGAACCGCAGUGUCCGCUCAUGGAGACGGGACUUUACCACAUUUUCAGCCACAAUUUGUACCGUCGGUACUUUGAAGCUGCUCGAAGGCUUUCAUCAGCACAGUUCUCCAGUCAAACUGCUAUUCUGCUCCAACAAACCACCAAAAGAUUUGGGAAGGAUUUUCUCAAAGGGCAAACCAACCAAUGGCAACAAAGAUUCUGUAAAAGAUCAAAACACCAAAGAGAACGAGUCUGUUGGAAGGAAAAAGCAGGAAACGAAUGAUGACGGAGAAAAAAGAGGAGAGAAAAAGAAAGGAUCACAGUGGUGGAAUGGUGUUAAGAAAGCUUUUCCUCUGCAUGGAGGAAUGGUGCUGAACCUGGCCUUUGGUGCAGCCGGCAUGGCCACAGCUUUUCUUUUCUUCCGCUUCAGAGGGACUGGAGUCCAGAUCUCCUGGAAGGAUUUUGUGCAUCGCUACUUGAGCAGAGGCGUGGUCGGUCACAUCGAGGUUAUCAAUAAGCAGUAUGUCAAAGUGUUUCCUGCUGAGGGAGUGGACUCAUCUGAGGUGAGUUAUUUGUGGUUCAACAUUGGCAGCGUGGACUCAUUUGAACAUAAGUUGGAGGUGGUUCAGCAGGAAAUGGGCUUGGACUCCAUCCCAGUCCUCUACACCAGUGAAAGUGACUGGACUGUAUUUUUAGGUGUCCUCCCAACUUUACUUUUGGGUUGCAUUUUACUUUUUGUCGUGCGUCAGGGUCCGAUGGCAGGAGCAUUUGGAGGUGGCUUGAAAGGAAUCCCCUUCAGGAUGAGUAAAUCCAAAGCCAGGAUUAUUGAGGAUAGAAACAGCGUUCGCUUUAAGGAUGUGGCAGGAUGUGAAGAGGCCAAACUAGAGGUUUUAGAGUUUGUCAACUUCCUGAAGAACCCAAGUCAGUACCAAGACUUGGGAGCCAGGAUACCAAAGGGUGCGUUGUUAUCAGGUCCACCUGGAACUGGGAAGACUUUGCUGGCUAAAGCCACAGCAGGAGAGGCCAGUGUCCCCUUCAUCACAGUCAACGGCUCUGAGUUCCAGGAGGUCUUUGUUGGUGUGGGUCCUGCCAGGAUCAGAGAUGUGUUUGCCACAGCUCGAAAGAUCGCCCCUUGUAUUGUUUUCAUCGAUGAGAUCGAUGCAGUCGGCAGGAAGAGAGGCCAGGGGAACUUUGGCAGCCAGGGAGAACAAGAAAACACUCUGAACCAGUUACUUGUGGAAAUGGAUGGAUUUAACAGCAGCACUAACAUUGUUGUGUUAGCUGGCACCAAUCGAGCUGAUAUCCUGGACCCGGCUCUGAUGAGACCUGGACGAUUUGAUCGGCAUAUACGCUUGGGUUUUCCAGAUGUAGAAAGCCGAGCCUCCAUCUUUAAAGUGCAUUUGAAUCCCUUGAAGUUGGACCCCCUUUUAAAUUUACAGUCUUUGUCCAGGAAAUUAGCAGCUCUGACCCCAGGUUUCACUGGAGCUGAAAUCUCUAAUAUUUGUAAUGAAGCUGCUCUAAGAGCUGCACGUCAUCUCAACCAGUGGAUCAGCACAGAUGACUUUGAGCAGGCAUUUCAGAGGGUCAUUGGAGGUCUGGAGAAGACUCAGGGUCUGCAGCUUUCAGAAAAGACCAUGGUUGCAUAUCAUGAAGCUGGCUAUGCUGUUGCUAGCUGGUUCCUCGAGCAUGCUGACCCAUUACUGAAGGUGUCCAUUGUUCCUCGAGGGAAAGAUCUGAGCUACGUGCAGUAUCUGCCUAAGGAGCAGUACCUGCUGACCCAGGAGCAGCUGUUUGACAGAAUGUGCAUGAUGUUGGGCGGUCGAGCGGCUGAGCAGGUUUUCUUUAGCCAAAUCACCACCGGAACACAAGAUGAUCUCAGGGAGAUCACACGGUCAGCUUAUGAACAGGUUGUGCAGUUUGGGAUGAAUAAGGCGAUAGGUCUGGUCUCUUUUGACCUCCAUCAGCAGGAGAACGCAGUGACCGAGAAGCCUUACAGUGAAUACAAAGCACAGCUUAUAGACCAGGAAGUUCGCUCGCUCGUGGAAGCUGCCUUCCAACGAACAUUUCAGCUCAUCACAGACAAGAAAAAAAUGGUAGAAAAGGUGGCAAAACGUCUCCUAGAAAAAGAGAUGCUCAGCAGAGCCGACCUGGUGGAGCUUCUAGGACCUCCACCCUUUCAGCAAAAAUACUCCUAUGAGGAAUUUGUGGAACAGCCAGAGGAUUAUGAAGAGGGAAUCUCUCUACCGGAUGUGGAAAAGAGUUUGGACAAAAACAAAGGGGAUGAAGAAUAAACACAAUCAUCUCCGUUUCCAUAGGUCUGGACAAGCCAAGGACCCCUGAGCCCAACUCCAAGUAUUAAAACUUUAUACAGACACAGAGUUAUAACUCUUAUUUAGAGUUUUGAUUAUACUAUUGGGCGUGUUUUAGACAUUUUAUACAUGUAAUUUGUACAAAUGGUAUCUUAAUAUUCUCCCAACACAAAAAAUCUUGUGGAAUCAUAGAUUCCACUACUGCAGAUGGACAUGCAGAAAACAUUUUUUCUGUUUUACCAUCCAUCCAUCCAUCCAUCCAUCCAUCCAUCCAUCCAUCCAUCCAUUUUCAGCUGCUUAUUCGGAGUCAGGUCGCGGGGGCAGCAGCCUGAGCCGGGAUGCCCAGACUUCCCUCUCCCCAGCUACUUGGGCCAGCUCUUCCGGGGGAAUCCCAAGACGUUCCCUGGCCAGCUGAGAGACAUAGUCCCUCCAGCGUGGGUCUUCCCUUGGUCUGUCCCAGUUGGACAUGCCCGGAAAAUCUCACCAGGGAUCCUGGCCAGAUGCCCGAGCCACCUCAACUGGCUUCUCUUGACAUGGAGGAGCAGUGGGUCUACUCCGAGCCCCUCCCGGAUGACCGAGCUUCUCACCCUAUCGCUAAGGGAGAGCCCAGACACCCUGUGGAGAAAACGAAUUUCGGCCGCUUGUAUCUGCGAUCUCAUACUUUCGGUCACUACCCUAAGCUCGUGACCAUAGGUAAGGGUAGGAACGAGAUCGACCGAUAAAUCGAGAACUUUGCCUUCCGGCUCAGCUCUCUCUUCAACAUGACAGGUCGUUACAACGCCCGCUUCACUGCAGACACAGCACCAAUCCGCCUAUCGAUUACGCGCUCCAGCGUUCCCUCCUUAGUGAACAAGACCCUGAGAUACUUAAACUCCUCCACUUGAGGCAGGACCUCAUCCCUGACCUGGAGAAGGAAUUCUACCCUUUUCCGACUUAAGACCAUGGUCGUGGAUUUAGAGGAGCUGAUUCUCAUCCCAGCUGCUUUCUGUUUUACAUUUUAGAAAAUUUAAUAAUUUUCAUUUUACAUUGUUUGCAUAACCUGCCUCAUUUUCAAUCUGUACAUUCUACAGGCGUGGAUCUGGUUUAGGAAGUGUUAGAACAUGUUCCUAAUUUUGCUUUUGCACAUUAGAAAAAUACAAACUUAUGGCAUCACAUGCACUUCAGGCAAUUUAAAACAGCCCAUCGCACUCUGAAGUGGCUGUCAUUCUGAACUCUUAUUUAACCAUUCACCUCCUUAUACUACCUCACUAUCAAACCCUUUAUACACAUUCAUCAGCUUUGUUAUUCCGUGGGAUUUUUGCUUGUUGCAGAAUUCAUUUGGUGUGAAUUUAAAUCAAACCUGAAACUGAAAGAAAAUAUAAAGCAAACAAUGAGCCAACAGUUUUUUUUAUUGAAUCUUCUACAUCAUCAUUGGUUUUGCAACAGAACUCAGAAGUACCGUAUUCAUAAUGCAGACAGACCUAACAGGCUGCAAAUAAACUCAUCAGCUUCUAAAAUAAAAUAAGGAUUACUUGUGAAUUUAACUCGACUUAAAUAAAAUCGUUGGCACU